AUGAACCGGACAGAGUUUAAUCAGUCUGAUGGCUGUGAUCAUUUCUCCUGUCCAGAGAGAUCUGUAUCUCCUGCAGUUUAUAUCUUACUGUAUGUGUGUUCAGCUGCUGUGGUUCUGCUAACAGUGUGUGGAAAUCUGCUCGUCAUCAUCUCUGUUCUUCACUUCAAGCAGCUUCACACACCAACAAACAUGCUGUUGCUCUCUCUGGCUGUGUCAGAUUUCCUUGUUGGAGCUUUAGUGAUGCCUUCGAUUUUAAGCUGGGUGAUCGAGUCAUGCUGGAUUUUUGGUAGAGACUUUUGCAUGUGUAUUAUGAUGACUGCCUCCUUCCUGAUGACCUUAUCUGUAUAUCAUAUUGUUCUGAUUGCGGUGGAUCGAUAUUUGGCUCUAUCAACCCCAUUUCUCUACAUGAACAAAGUCUCUAUAAGGAUCACUCGUGUUGUAAUUUUUUUUAAUUGGUGUGUAGUGGUGGUCUAUAACUUAGUACUUUUUUAUAUCAAUGGAAACUUCAUGAGCUCUGUUAUGUGCCCCGGAGAGUGUUUUCUCUCUCUGAAUAUGUUUUGGUCUGUACUUGAUCUCAUAUAUUCAGUUAUAUUUCCACUUUCUCUCAUAAUCAUAUUGUAUGCUCGAGUUUUUGUGAUUGCUAAGAAACAUGCCUCUGCUAUCAGAGAGCUUAAUAAUCACACACGGCCUAAAACACAGAAAAUCACCUCACACUCCAUGAAAUCUGAGAGAAAAGCAGCUAAAGUCCUCGGUAUUUUAGUGUCUGUGUUUCUGGUGUGUUUACUUCCAUAUUUUAUUUGCAGUUUAUUAGGUUAUGUUAUUCAACUACAGUCAGAAACAAUUCAGAAAGUUAUGAUGGUGAUUUCUCUUAAUUCCACCAUUAAUCCAGUUAUUUAUGCUCUGUUUUACUCGUGGUUUAAAAGGUGCAUUAAAAUAAUUAUAUCUCGGGAAAUAUUCCAGACAGACUCUGCAUUAAUCAAUGUUUUUUUAUAA